UUUCGUGACAAAUUCAUUCACAGACAAAAAGCAUGGAACCUGAUUUGACAAAAUCCAUACAUUUUCAGUUGAAGCUGACCGUUUACUAAGUUAUUUAUCAUAUGUAUUAAAGAAAUCGCAUGCAGGAAUUCCACAUUGAAUUGUUCAGACACCCAGACCAUAACAAAGCUCGUCCUAUUUAAAUGAAGUCUAUGUGCUUUCCCUUCCAGCUCACACAUUGCGGAGGAGUAGCGUGUAUGUGUAUAAAUCAUGCUAAACUGAGGGCAAUAGUGCACUGCAGCUCGAGCCAGACUCUUAUUCAUCCUUUAUAUCUCAACACACACAUACACAAAACACGCUCUCAGUCUCGGCUUCAAUGAUUCUCCUUCUCACGGCUUUCUGCGCUCAUCCAAUCAAGCUCCCUUCGGUGAUGUCAUCGCUCCCUCUGUGUGUGCGGCGCGCAGUUUUGGGUUUCUCCUAAACUCCCGUUCUCCCACACUCGAGCUCUUUAAUCUCUCGGGACGGAGAGAAAGAGGAUGAAAAAGGGCGAGCGGACAGAUCGAGGGGCUGAGAAGCGGCGACCAUGACAACCUAUGAAAUCCGAGCGGCUGACAUCUGCGUCGCUCUCGUCCCUCUCAAUCUCCUUCUCUGUUGUUUCUCUGACUCGCAUCCAGCAAACAAGCCACAAGCGUUCAUUUCAUAAGCGACUCCGACGAGUCUGAUGACCUCACGCGGCCCUCAGCGUCGUCUUUGAUUUCAAACCGCAACGACUGACCACAGCAGAAGUGUGAAGAGUUUUUAAAACAUCGAGACCGACUUAGGUCCAACCCCGCCAUGACAGGCUCAUCAUAUCACAGCACCCACACACGCACUUCUGACCAACAUUUUCCUCCUCUCUGUCGCCUGACUGUUCGAGUCGAGCGUAUUUUCUUUUGAAAGCAUUUCUUGCUUCCUGUCGCUGCACCUCUUGCCACAUCCUUUGCUGUACCAAAAGGCUGUCACAGUUGAGACGAUCGCAUGCAUAUUUCCUGCGUCUCAACAUCUCACGUAUCACAAACUGGUAGAGACCUGCUACAACCAUGGUGAGCUUCUGUCCUAUAUGUGGGAAGCCUGUUUAUUUUGGUGAGAAGAAGAGGUCAUUGGGACGGGAUUAUCAUCCGUUGUGCUUGAAGUGUCACAGGUGUAAAAGACAGCUAACGGCUGGCCAGCAUGCAGAGCACGAUGAGAAGCCAUACUGCACUAACUGCUACAUGAGAGAUUUUGGUCCCAGAGGUAGCCGAAAACCCGUCGCCCGGACCUCUAACACAGCGGCUUCUUAAGAGGGGUCUUGCAGUCUUGAAAAACACACAGCAUCUGGAUCUACAAACAACAAUAAAACUACAGUAUACGUUUUACACUGCCACACACAGCAAACCACUGUUAGAUACCGCCAAGUUGAUCUCUCCUUACCACAGAAUAAAACACGACUCCACCCUUACGACUCAUAAAAAUAACCAGAACCUGCCAAAACAUCGGCCGUCCACGUUGGCAGUUUUUCAGGGAAAUGAGCUACUUCGUGUGUUGAAAUCUUUUAAAAUCUAAGAAAUCGUUUGCUUUAAUCUCACCGUUAAUGUUGUACAGAGUUUUUCGAUUGAGUUGUAUUUUAUGCUUUAGAAUGGGAGACGUGAAAUUAUAACUAUAGUGAAUUGAAUGUUGGUGUAGAAGGCAGCUAUACAAGUAUUGUGUGUUUUUGUUUUCAAGACUUCUGUAUACCAUUAAUUAAUUGAUUAACUUGAAACACUGUGGGAUUUUUUUUUUUGUCUGCUUUAUUAUUGUUUGUUCUUUUCCGGGAUUUUGUGGAUCAGAGGCAAUAAAACAAAGAGUUUUUCGCGAGGCAGCAAAUGUAUCUACAAAGCGAAAAAGACAAUAAUUAAUCAUUGUGUCUUUUUAAUUAGAAGCAGAAGCUCGUGUCCCAAACCUCAUGGUGCAUAAGUGAUGGCUUCAUCAUUUUUUUGUUAAUUCAGGAAGAAUACAUAUUUGAUUUUACGAUUUUAUCUGUUUUUUUCUUAUUAGUUGAUUGAAAGGAAGUGUCACUCAGAGAGCUGCCAGUUAGCGUAUUGUUAACACAUUGAAUAAGAAGAAUAAUUUAAUGUCUCUUAUCCUCAAAUCCAUAAAAUAAACUGUAAAAAAUUAUAAUACAAUAAUUAUUAUGAAUUUUAUGGAACACUUUUUUCUCUGUUGAAAACUGCAUUUAUAUAAUUGAAGAUUUAUACCUCAAAGUGUAACUGCCUACAAUUGGAAUAUAAAUUAUUGUUUUCAUCUUGUCUUCA